CCUAUUUAAAGAGGAUUUGACCCGACGACCUGUGUCAAGGAACAUGUCUUUUCAAUAUUGCCUUUAAAACUGCAAAUGAAUGAUGGCUGGGAAAGUGGAAAAGGUGUCCAAAUACGAAACUUUAAAGCUUUUGGAAAAGUGCCGGAAGGAAAGAGACGAUGCUUUGCACCGCGAGAAUAUGAUGAGGGAGAAAAUGAGACACUAUGAGUCUCGAAUGAGAUCAACCGAAGCGCUUAAACAGAAAUUAAAGCAACUGACUUUGGACAACAAGGAGCUGCGGAAACAAGUGAAGGUCCUGCGGGCUGAAAUUGGUUUAGAGGCCAGUCCUAAAUUUUACGGGAAAACCACCAAGGAUAUAAUCAACGACCUGCACGAGAAGGAGCGCGAGUGCAAUUCACUUGUUGAAAAAGCGGGUAAAUUAAGUUUGACGAUUGAUGAAAUAACAUCUGAACUGGCCAACACCGUGACCUCGAAGACUCUGCUGGAGGACCAGGUCCAGUCCCUGCAACAGAACCUGAAGGACAUGACCAACAACCAGCGGCGUCUUCUGAAGCUCUGGGAGGACAAGAAGGCUCAGCGGGAGCAGCUGUCACUGCCCGCCAUACCGCAGAGACCCGGGCAAAAGCCGCUGGUGCAUAAAGGCGUCCAGACGGAGAUGUCCAUCAGUUCAAACCAGAUAUUGCCCACCAACGCAUUUGAGACCAAGACCCGCCGAGAGAUCGAUAAAAGCAGAACCAGUCUGGAAAGACGCAACAUCACUUUAGCGAAUGGCACUCAUCGAGAGAAAAACACUUUCAUUCAGAAUGAAGCGAAAGGAAUACACAACUGAUGAUUAUUAUUUCACGAAACAUUUUUGUGUCUGUCUACGCGUCAUUAUGCUGCUCAAUGCCUCAACGUACAGCAUUCUUUUUUAAAUAUAUAAUUUUUAGUAUGUUUAAAAUUAUUAAGCAACAACCUGAUUGAAACAACCGAAACAUUGAGGACUAUAUGUUACUGUACCAUAAUUAUUUCUUAUGUAUCGAUCUAUUUUUACAGUCUUUUUAGACUGCUGUUUGAUGUA